CUGCGACUCCAUGUUGCCUCGCGUUGUGGGAAACAAAGUUGUACACGGGUUUUGGGAGCAGGCGGGCGAUGUUGUUCAUUAUGAAUCUCUGUACUGAUUAUUUAGCAGAGUUUAGCUAGGUGAAGCAUGUCAAUACCUCAGCUGUAUUUACCCUUUGGACAUAACCUUUAUUUUGCCCCGUCAGCUGUGCACAGCUGGUCUUAAUUCCCACCCUCUGUUUCUCUGUCACCAGUGAAAGCCCUGAAAGUGUAUGUGUGGUGACCUUGCGGGUUCGAGCCUCCUCUGCCCUUGCUUGGAAAGGAUUCAAUUAAGUUAAAAGGUUCCAGAACUGGUCAGAUUCCCUAGUGGUUCCAGAGCACAGGUUAGGCACUUUGGAUCUGGAGUCACCCGUAGUGUGUCUGAAGAAAAAAAGUCAAAAGCUGUUAUCGCUGACUGGAGCAUGAUGUAGCAGAAAGAUGGCUACCAAUGGCUAUUUUAUUUUUCUUUCUGUGGCAAGACUGUCAUGGAGCCUGGAUAAUUCAGGGAAUCCAGUUACCAAAAUUGACUCCAGAAGAAAGAACCUAACAGACCAGUAACAAUGGAAGAAAUUUGAGAAAGUUACCAAAAAGCUACCAUCCCCCAAAACACCAGGCCCAGAUGAUGUUACAGGUUAAAAAUAUCCUUCAUGAAGAAGAAAGAUCUUAAGCAACAUGGUGGAUUCAGAAGCUCAUGAAAAGAGGCCGCCCAUCCUGACAUCUUCCAAACAAGACCUGUCACCUCAUAUUGCAAAUGUGGGUGAAAUGAAGCAUUAUCUGUGUGGCUGCUGUGCAGCUUUCAACAAUGUAGCAAUCACGUUUCCCAUUCAGAAGGUGCUCUUUCGGCAGCAGCUGUACGGAAUCAAAACCCGGGACGCGGUGCUUCAGCUGAGGAGGGAUGGCUUUCGAAACUUGUACCGCGGCAUCCUUCCCCCACUGUUGCAGAAGACCACCACGCUGGCACUCAUGUUCGGGCUGUAUGAGGACUUAUCCUGCCUUCUCCGGAAGCACGUCAGUUCCCCGGAGUUUGCAACCCGUAGUGUGGCAGCGGUGCUUGCAGGGACAACAGAAGCAAUUUUCACUCCACUGGAAAGAGUUCAGACAUUGCUUCAAGACCACAGGCAUCAUGACAAAUUUACAAACACUUACCAGGCUUUCAAGGCACUCAGAUGCCAUGGAAUAAGAGAAUAUUAUCGAGGCUUGGUACCUGUUCUUUUCCGUAAUGGAUUCAGCAAUGUCCUUUUCUUUGGCCUUCGCGGCCCCAUUAAGGAGCAUCUGCCUACCGCAACCACCCACAGCGCUCAUUUGGUCAAUGAUUUUAUCUGCGGAGGUCUGUUGGGUGCCAUGUUAGGAAUCUUGUUUUUUCCAGUUAAUGUUGUAAAAACUCGCAUGCAGUCUCAGAUUGGUGGGGAGUUUCAGUCUUCUCCCAAGGUGUUCCAAAAAAUCUGGCUAGAACGGGACAGGAAGCUGACAAAUCUUUUUAGAGGUGCUCACCUGAAUUACCAUCGGUCUCUCAUCUCUUGGGGUAUAAUCAAUGCGACUUAUGAGUUCUUGUUAAAGAUUAUAUGAAAGAAACUGUCAGUUAAGUCCCAUUUAUUAACUGAAUAAACCUAAGAAGAAUGUAGUUUGGCCUUGUUCCUAAUUGGCCAAAUACAGGUUGGUGUCGUAAGUUCAGGGCACAAUGAAUUAUGGGCAGAGCUGUUUUCCUUCAGCACCAACAAAUUCAGAAUGAAAGGAUGUAAUAGGAAAUUUUAAGGGGUUUUUGGUUUUGUUUUGUAAUCAUCUAAGAACUUGAGGGUAGUUGCCUGGUUAAUAGCUGUCUAUCUGAUGGCUUUUGACAAGGAAAGCUAAUAGCCAAGAUACAGUUCUUUUCCCAAAAGUCCUUAAACCUUCUGUAUUGAAACAGUGGCCAUGACCAGCCAGAGAAAAGGCUCUUAGAGCCCUGUGAAUUCUCAGGCUUCCUUCUCUUACUCCAUUUCUUGCUUCUCUUUUAGGAGGAGUUGCAAAGGGUGGUCUUCGUUAAACAUAAGCAUAAACGUGGUAGGACAGAGGAGAGAAAGGGCUUUUCAUGAUCAGUCGCUUGUGUUAGUUUCGAAACUAAGCAUCUGUGGGGAUAGUCGUCAUCCAGACUGCUCAGGUGUGGUAGGGCCGACCCAAGCAGCUGGUAAAAGCACCCAUUUUGCUUUCUGAGUUGGAAGGUGUUAUGUUUAGUUCUGAAUGUGACCUUAAACCCUUUGAAUACCCUUAUGUUAAUUUCACUUAUUGCCAAAAGAUGGGGGAGACUUAUGUUUCAUUACAGACAUUUCAUCCUGUGAGGAAAUUUCACAUUAAUUGCAUGUGGAUCAAACUCUGGUUAGUUCAGUUUUGUGAUUAUUUGUUGCCAAAUUUAUGAAGAGCUUUGGGAGUUUGGAGAGUGUUUUCACUUUGAGUCCUAGUUUCUCAUAUAGAAGUGCCCUGUUCUCUUGAAACUCUUGUUUUAAAAAAAGAUAAAUACUUGCAUACUAUUGCAUUUUUGAAGUCUGUUAAUGGGACUCUGGACUUUUCCCUCCUGGUUUCCAUGUGUUAAAAAAGAGAAAAAAACCUCAGGAUAGCUUUCACUCCACCGUGUUAGUUAUCUUUUUUACUUACUCUUGGAAAUGGAAACUUCUAUUAGGAUUUUUACAUUUUGGGAACCCAGUUUUACCAUUUUAUCAUUAAAGCAGUUUGAAGUGGUAAAAUCUAAAUCAAGAUAUUUAGGGGGUUAAUUUUAAAUGCUAUACGUUGGUAAUAGCUGGAUAGCAUAGUCAUCCCUUACACAACACAGAAAAACUUCCUUGUCGAAGGAAUCAGAUUUUAAAAUCUUUUGUCCUGAUCACUAAGGCAGAAUGCCUGUUUACCAAUUGAAUAACUAAUAACAUUCUAGAAAAGUGGUUUAUCAUAAGUCUUUUAAAAAUCCCCAUCUGUAAAUGUGGUUAAAAUCGCUAGCCAACAUUUGACAUGGCAGAGUAGUUAGGUUUCUUAUGACCAGGUUUUCCUCAUUCUGGGUAACUGCAUAUGAAUAUGUGCAGACACUGACCAAAACAAAAUCAGGGUCUCCGCUGGUAGUUUACGCAGUUUCUGGGCAGAUAGUCCAAAAGAGAUGUUUACCUCUAAAUGCACUGUGGCUGGUCACAUAAACAUCUACCCACAAAGGACUGGGAAGCAUUAUUAAGCAUUUUCCAGGCAAGAAUGAGGCCCAGUAGCGUCACAACAGCCCUGUUUGAAAAUACUGUGUUGGAAAUGGCAGUUUGCUUUGAAAACCAAGAUGCAGAUGUGAGGAUUUCAGAACACAAGGAUUUGCCACCGAAUAAACGUGAGUAACAUCUUUGGCUUAUUGAAUAGUCUGUCUUUGAAGUGGGUUGAGUUUCGGGACAGGAAUGACAGAAGCACUGGUGCCUGAGCACAGCAAGCGAGGCGACCUGGGAGCUGGCCUCCUGUUGUCUGCACACUCCAGUCAGGCUGUAGACACCCACGUUCUACAGCACUUUUGUGGAAUACAAGUGAAGUGAGAAUUUGAAAGGGGGAUGCUUUGGUUUCUGCAGUCUCAAACCUGUGGCAUUGAAACAAAUAUUUUUAAUGAUUUUAACUCAUAAUAUAUUUGGAUUUCUUUGUCACUUUUUACAGCUUUUGAAGACCAAACUGCAAAUAUAUUACCAGGGAUGGUUUUGUGUUGUCCUAUAGACUUUUUAAAUUUGACAAAAUUUAGCAGAACUUGAUUGUGGUAGCCAACGCUUUGUCCGAACCUUGAAAGAAGUCAAAGUGUUAUUAAUAAGAGAUUCUAACUAUUGCUUUUUUACCUUCAGUGUGAACUCGUAAUAAUUUUGAAAAGGCAAACAUGAUUAAAUAACUUUAUCUGAAGAGCUUUAAAAGUGGCCUUUUUGUUACAUAGUUGGCACAGACGGCUUAUGAACACAGGGCCCCUCUGGUCCUGCCUCCCAUACUUCAGCUCUGAUGCCACCAGGAAUAUGUUAUGGAUUCUGUAUUUAACAUGCUUAGGAGUGGUAUGAGCCCUCAGGACUGCAUCACAGAGUAAACACAACCUUUAUAUGGUGGCAGAUUUGUGUCUUUGUUUCAUUUAUGGUUGGAGAUAGUUGAUGUUUUUGUCUCAAAAACCAAUAUUCUUCUUACCUUAUGGUUGUUAUGUAAUCACCUGCUGUAUAUUGUAAACUGUGCAAUAAAACAUAAUUGUGUAUAUAGACUCA